AUGGCAUUAAGCCACAACGCAUUCAUACGCGGAUUCAACAGUAUCUAUCAACAAGCACCACGUGUCGAAGCAGCAGACAAAAAAGAUUUCGUAGGCUACUGCAUUGCCUGGCAUGAUUGCGUCGCGCAGCACCAUCAUUACGAGGAAACUGAGUUCUUUCCAGCACUAGACAAAGCAGCAGGGAAGCUGGGAUUGAUGGAUGGAGCCGUGGAGCAGCAUGCUCAAUUCCACGACGGCCUCGAGAAAUUCAAAACCUACCUCCAAGAAAACGGGCCCGACUUUUACGGCACAGAACUAAUUUCAAUCAUGGACUCCUUCUCCCACGCCCUACACGAACAUCUCAAAGAAGAACCACCGACAAUCGUCGCUCUCUCAAAGUAUAACACCCCCGAAACACCGAUCGAUAUCAUAGGAAUCGCGUUGGCGGCAGGGAAGAAACAGGUGAGCGUGGGCUUUCUGUUUAAUGUUUUGCCAGUUUACUUUUUGAAUAUGGAGAGUAAGGAGUUUGAGGGUGGGAUGUGGCAGGCGGCUUUUCCGCCGGUUAGUGGACCGGUGAGGUGGGUUAUGAUGAAGGGGGCGCCGAUGUGGAAUUCGAGGGCUUGGAGGUUUGCGAGUUGUGAUUCGGAGGGGGGGUUUAAACGGUUGGAGGUGUGA